AAGAAGUUUCGAAUUCGAAUAGGUGGUACCUGGCCCAAGUGUUAAUCACGCGUACAUAGGUGAACCUCGGUGGGAUAACGAAGAUGCGGAGGAAAACUCCGCGAUAGUGGGAGAACAGAUAAACCCUACCUACAAACCUCUGAUCCACAGUGUCCGUCGAACGGUCCAGCGUUCAGCAUCCCAAGCACGACACGUCCAUAGUGCCGUUUCCUCACGUAAUAAAGUCCCGAGUGACGAUGAUUGAGUUCGAGCAGUUAUCCGAAAGACUUGGUCUCCUGUCGGACUUCACGACAGAUUCGAACAACAAUUCUAGUGAUUCGAGUGAGAAAAAGUCGGAGCGCGGUGAAAAAUACUCCCUCAGGCCUAGAUCGGCGAAGAAAAGACACACUGACGAGGACUCCGACGAAAUCGUUACAAUACCCACGAAAUCGAGCAAAUCUAAGACUCCGAGGCCCAAACAGAAACCUGCACCCCUCAGCAAAUAUCGCAGAAAAACGGCUAAUGCAAGAGAGCGGAGCAGAAUGAGGGAAAUCAACCAGGCCUUCGAGACGCUGAGGAAAGUCGUGCCGCAAAUGUCAGUCAGUCAUCAGACCAAUGAGAAACUGACCAAAAUCAUGACACUUCGCUUGGCGAUGAAAUAUAUCUCAACCCUUAGCUCCGUUCUCAAUCAAGAGUCCGACAAUCCAGAUUCCCUGCCUUGCUCCAGCGAUUUGGACUAUUCCUGGUUGGAAUCCGAUGGCGAAUCGCUUCCUCUCGACAGUGAUUUCUCAGACCAUUCAUUGACACACGCAGACUUCACGCUGGACUUCCCAGACGACUCCCUCACAUCGGUGGAUUUUUCCUCUCCCUUAUCGCCUGAUUUUUCACACCACUUGAGACAAUUCGACCCCCUUUUGUCGGGUUUCAGUUAACUAAACUUGAAGACUGUAAAUACAGAAACCGUCCUGUUCACGUGCCUUAUUAUUAUUUAUGAAAAUUUUACAGAGUGUAUAUAUUUAUUUUUAUAUUCGAUUUUUUUAUGACGAGAGUGGCAUUUUGCUUCGAAAGUGUAUUAAAGAAGAGACUGUUUAAAUUUUAGCCGAUAUGCGGAAAUGUGUACUAUUCUAUUUAAGAUUUUUCGAAGAAAAGUCUGUUCCUAUGUGAAAGGUAAAAAGUGUUAUUAUAUUGAAUAUAUUUUAUUAUUUAA